AUGGCAGAACGCCGGGGAAAGUGGCACAUUUGGAAGCGGGGAUUCGAAAUUUGUCUCAGAGCAGCGAAAAUAUUCGAUGCUACUGAAAAGAAGGAUCAGCUGUUGGCUCAUGGAGGUUUCGAGCUGCAGGAGGUGUUUUUCGGUAUACCGGGCGCCGAUGUUGCACAUAGCGAUGAAGUAAACGCGUAUGAUGUGGCAAUAGACAAAUUGGACGAAUAUUUCGCACCUUUGCGUCACGAAGCCCACGAGCGGUAUUUGUUUUGGGACAUGAAGCCAGAACCUGAGGAAUCUCUUGGGAACUUUUUGAUGCGUACCCAAAUGUAUGCGGGUAAAUGUAAUUUCGGAAAAUCGGCGGUAGAGAGCUCUGGUAUUGCGGUGGUGGACAAAAUCCUUCAGUUUGUUCCAUCACAUUUGAGGGAAAAAUUACUGCAGGAGAAAGAGUUAACCAUUCAAGAAGUCAUUCGCCAAGUUAAUGCUUAUGAGACUACCCGGCGGGCAAGUGAGCAAAUUAGUGGUCAAGCUGCAGCACAGUUGGCCACUCAUCAGGUAUUGAAGCCGACGGAGAAUUUACAAGAGAUCGAUGCAGUUUGUAAAUACUGUGCGGGGUCUCACCAACCUGAUCAACAGUGUCCUGCAUGGAACAAGACCUGCGGGCAAUCGCAGUCGAAACGUUUCCAUGCAAACCGUCAGGUAAAUGCUAUUGAUGAUGUGGACGAGCAGAGGGAAAAUUUCGAGUUGGUUGACAUGGUUUCUACAACGAACGACAACGAUGAGCUGAUUUGGGCAAAGGUUGGAAAUGUGUUGAUCGAGAUGCAAAUAGAUUCGGGCGUCCAGUGGAAUAUUAUCGACGAUCGAACUUGGAGUUACAUGCAGCAGAAUGGAGUAAAAUUGAUAGGUAGCUGUUCACAUCCGGAUAGGAAAUUCAAAGCGUAUGCUCAGACAGAUUGUCUGGCAGUGACGCUGAUGCUUGACGCGGAGAUCGUUAUCACUGAUGGUGAAAAGCAGCUAAAAACAAUAGCCCGAUUCUAUGUCGUUAAAGAUGGCCCUCAGCCACUUUUGGGGAAGAGGACAGCUAAAGAGUUGGGUGUCCUCAAGGUUGGACUUCCAAGCAAGCACGAGUCGAACCAUCAUUUGGACAUUGUGCAGCGAUUCCCUAGUAUUCGGGGCAUAAAGAUCCACAUACCCAUGGAUCAUUCGGUUCUGCCAGUCGCGCAGCCUCUAAGGAGACUACCGUUUGCGACGUUGACCCGAGUUGAAGAAAAAAUGAAUGAGUUACUCAAUAAAGACAUCAUCGAAAAGGUUACAGGACCUAGCCGUUGGGUAUCGCCAAUGGUGGUUGUGGUCAAAGACAACGGAGACAUCCGUUUGUGUUUGGACAUGAGACAGUUGAAUAAAGCAGUAAUCCGCGAAACACAUCCAUUGCCCACAAUAGAAGACAUCCGGUGGAAACUUAACGGCGCGGUCUUCUUCACCCGCCUUGAUAUCAAGGAUGCGUUUCACCAGCUCGAGUUAGAUGAAGUGAGCAAACCGUUGACGACUUUCAUUACACACAAAGGCCUAUUCCGAUACAAACGUCUUUUGUUCGGAAUUUCAUGUGCUCCGGAAAUUUUCCAGAAAACUAUCGAGCAAAUCCUUUCCGAUUGUGAAUGUUGCACAAAUUUUAUUGAUGACAUUAUCGUGUUCGGGAAAACUGAGCGUGAGCACGAUGGAGCUCUUCAGCGGAUCUUAAAUAGAUUCAAAGACUACGGAAUCCUUUUAAAUCAAGCAAAAUGUGUUUUCAAGUUAAAGGAAAUUGAUUUCUUGGGGCACCAUUUCAACGUAGCAGGGAUGUCGCCGUCAAAAGACAAAAUAGAAGCAAUCCGUAACUGCCGUGCUCCAAAUAACUGCGAGGAGGUCAGGAGUUUUCUCGGCCUCGUUAACUAUGUAGGUUCUUUUAUACCAGAUUUGACUACAGUAUCAUUUCCGCUUCGGGAGCUUCUCAAGGAUAAGGCGUCUUUCAAAUGGGGCACCGACGAACAGCAGGCAUUCGAUCUUAUUAUCUCAUACAUAGGUAAUGCAGACAGUUUAGCACACUUCGAUCCAAAAUUGAAAACCCGUCUAGUAGCAGAUGCUUCUCCCGUAGGGUUAGGGGCCGUUCUAUUGCAAUUCUUUGAAGGAGCACCGAGAGCUGUCGCUUACGCUAGUAAAAGCCUUACAGAAACUGAACGACGUUAUGCCCAAACGGAGAAAGAAGCUCUUGCCCUUGUUUGGGGGGUGGAACGUUUCAGGAUCUACCUUCUGGGAAUACGUUUCGAGUUGGAGACAGAUCAUAAACCUCUUGAGGCUAUAUUUUCGAGAAACUCAAACCCCUGCCUCCGUAUAGAACGUUGGGUAUUACGCCUUCAAGCAUUCAGUUAUGUGGUGGUAUAUAGGAAAGGAAAAUCGAAUAUUGCAGAUUCUUUGUCUCGAUUGAGUCGAUCGAAUACGGUUAGACCUUUUGAUCCGGAGUCAGAAAUGUAUAUACGUAGCGUCAUAGAAACGGCAGCAGUCGAUAUCGAUGAAGUGGAGGCAAAAUCGGAAUCCGAUCUCGAGCUUAGCGAACUCCGAGAAUGUUUGAAUAGAGGCAUUUGGAACUAUACAUCGAAUUUAAUCAAACCAUACCAUGCAUUCAGGAAUGAGUUGGGCACCGUCGGGAAGCUUAUUGUUAGAGGCUCUAAACUUGUCAUCCCGAAAGAACUCAGACAACGCAUGGUACAGUUGGGUCACGAAGGGCAUCCAGGAAAAACUAAAAUGCAACAACGCUUGAGCAGCACCUGUUGGUGGCCUGGAAUGGAUGAGUCAAUUGCUAAAGCUGUUGAUUAUUGUGAAGGAUGUAGAAUGGUUGGUAAUCCAGAACGCCCUGAGCCAAUGCAACGUCGAAAAUUACCCGAAGCACCGUGGAUAGACCUCGCUAUCGACUUCUUAGGACCUUUACCAUCAGGAGAUUAUCUUUUAGUCAUUAUCGAUUAUUUCAGUCGAUAUAAGGAGGUUGAGAUCAUGCGUAAAAUUACAGCGGGAGAGACAGUUGAACGAUUAGAGAAAAUCUUUACCAGGUUGGGAUAUCCAAAAACACUUACGCUGGAUAACGGACGGCAGUUUGUAAGUACUGAAUUCGACAAUUACUGCAAAGUAAGAGGCAUCACAGUUAACAGAACAACGCCGUACUGGCCGCAAGAAAACGGUUUGGUUGAGCGCCAAAAUCGUUCUCUGGUAAAGCGUUUAAAAAUAAGCCAAGCAUUGAAUAGAGAUUGGAAACACGAUUUGUUGACUUACCUAUCUAUGUACUACUCUACGCCCCAUAGUACGACUGGUAAAACUCCAUCCGAACUCAUGUACGGCAGAAAUGUAAGAACGAAGAUUCCAGCCUUAACCGACUUAAGUUCUGCGGUGCCGUGUACUGACUACAGAGAUCGAGACCAACUAGCUAAACAGAAAGGGAAGGAACAUGAGGAUCGGCGUAGGCGUGCCAAGCUGUCUGAGUUAGUUGUUGGAGAUAAGGUCUACAUGAAAAACGUUCUUCCGGGAAAUAAGCUCACUCCCACUUUUGAUAACAAAGUCCUGACGGUCAAGUCCAAACAAGGGCCUAGAGUAACGGUACAGAACGAUGAAACGGGUAAGCUGUACGAAAGGAAUUCAACCCAUCUUAAAAAGAUUUUAAUUGAUAACUCUCCAGCCAAAGAUAAUCCCGGAGAUGAUGAUGGCAGCGAUACCGAGGAUUUCAGAGGGUUUCCAGAUGAGUCAGGGAACAAUGACGCAUCGCCGUCACCCUCGACUGCCGUCGUAGAUAUUGGGAAGCGUAAUAAGAGACAGCGGAAAAUCACUAUGCCUAAACGGUUUGACGAUUGUUUGAUGAAAUUCUAAACGUUGUUAUCUUAUAUUGAAGGGGAGAUGUGAUGAUGUAUCUGUAUCUUUAUGCACAUUAUCUGUGCCAC